AUGAACUUUGCUGGAUCGUCUAUUGAUUAUAAUCAACAACAACAACAGCAGCAUCAAUCACAACAAUUAAAUAAUCAUGGUUCAUAUUUAAAUACAAAUACAAAUAGUCCUAACAUAAAUACAAAUAGUCCUAAUACAAAUAUAAAUCAUAACAAUAUAAAUAAUAAAUGUGCAGCAACAGUUUCACCAACAGCAAGCUCAUCAGCAGCAAUUACGUCAACAUUAAGUACGGGAACAACAAAUACAUCAACCUGUUUCACCAAUAAUAAAUAA